CACUUCUUUCGUACCCCUGACGAAGGGACGUGAGACGCGGUGGCGUACAUGCUCAAAUGAAGAACAAUAAGCCCUACAGAGGUUGGCAGGAGCGCAUUAGGAAGGAUGUGGACUUGAGCGGGUCUUGCUCGGGCUCGUCGGUACUCACUAAUCAAUCCAUCCUUAUGAGAUGGGACCAGCAGGCCCCCCCGGGGUUGGGAUCGUUCCCUCACCUUGGCGUUCCUGAUUCCUUGGCUCCUGAAAAUCAUCAUCUGCCUCUCUCAAUCACCGCCACGCCAGAUCAAUCCCAUCGAGGCCACAAGCGAAACCGACAAAGCCCUGAGAAUGGCAAGCCAGCCAAAGUCAGUCGUCAUCAUCGGCGGCUCGCUCGCGGGGCUGCUGCACGGGCUGAGCCUCAAGCGGCGCGGGAGCAACGUCGUAGUACUAGAGCAGGACCAGAGCACGAUGCGCAGCGGGCACGAGGCCGGCAUCGCGUACGGGCCGGGGGUGGGGGAGCUGCUCGACAAGUACGACGACACGGGCGUCGCCAGCCACGCGUCGGCGGCGGCGACGCGCAUCGCCUUCCGCAAGCGCGAGGACCUCAAGACGGUCAACUUGGUGCGCCACCUGUCGUCGUGGGUGCUGCUGUACCGCAUCCUGCGGGCCAACUUCGACGGCACCGCGUCCAAGGCCGUGCCGAGCCCGCCGCCGCCGCGCGCCGGCGACGGCACCGCCGAGUACCGCGCCGGCAAGCGCGUGACGGGGCUCGCGUACGACGAGCGCGCCGGCUUCGUGACGGUGCGCUAUGUGAGCCGCGACGGCGAUGGGGGUGAGGAGUCGGUCACAGCGGACCUCGUGCUCGCCGCCGACGGCGUGCACUCGACCGUGCGCGGCCUCGUCAACACUCCUACCGCCAAGGAAUAUUCAGGCUACGUGUCGUGGCGCGGCACGGUGCCGGAGAAGGACCUGCCGCCGCGCACGGCCGCGUAUUUCAAGAAUAAUGCCACGCUCGACUUUCUCAAGCGCAACUACAUUGUCGGAUACACCAUCCCGGGCGACGCGGGCGGGGAGGACCGCCUCAUCAACUUCGUGUGGUACUUUAACUACGAGGAAGGGUCGACAGAGCUGGAGGAGGCACUGACGGACAUCCACGGGCACCGGCACGCGAACACGGUGCCCGUGGGGCUCGUGCAGCCGGCAGUAUGGAAGAGGCACCUGGCUUCGGCGCUGCCGGCGGUGGCAGCGCCGUUCGCGGAGCUCAUCUCGAGAGCCAAGACGCCCUUCGUGACAAAAGUCAACGACGUCUUCACCGAGCGGGCCACUUAUUGUGGUGGCCGCGUCGUGCUGGUCGGCGACGCGCUCGCCACGUUCCGCCCGCACCUGGCGCUCGCGACCGAGCAGGCCGCGCGCCACUGUCUAGGUCUCGAAAAGGUGUGGGACGGCGACAAGACACUUCAAGAGUGGGAGCGCGAGGUGCUGACGUGGGGGAGGAAGAUCUGGAUGGGCAGCAGGGUGCUCGGCAUCUAUGGCCAGGGGACCUGGUGGCAGUUCUUUAAGAUUAUCGGCGCUUAUAUCUUGCUGGUUCUGAGGUUACGGUGGGGGAAGCUUUGAGUGGGUAGGAGUUACUUGUAGAAAUGGGUGUAUUUUUUACUCGGGGUUAUGACCUAGACUUGACGUUUCGAAAGAUUUUGGUUAAUAUGUAAGGGCCAUUGUUGAUUUACCUCUCUAUCAAGGUGAUAAAGUACCAAGUCUUUUAGAUAGACUUUGAUGUUGUCUUUGUUGAAGUUAAACAUGGAUUAUGGAUGAUGACAUGGCAACAAACGUGACAGAUUCAAUAUGCUGCAGUUGAUUUAGAUCAAUAGUGUCACUUGAAGCAUCCGAGACGUCAUGCC